GGCUCACGGUGGCAGGUUUCGCUCGCAGUCGCAGUGAGUUGGGCGGCUCAUGCAGACAAACAAACAUCAGCUGAGUCCCUGUCCAUUCUGGCAUGAUUAAAUCUCACACAUUUACCCCAGCUAGAGAGUAAAAGAGCCCGUGAAGCCAUGUGGAUUACCCCGGAGGAGGUGUUACUGGCCAACGCGCUGUGGGUGAGCGAGCGGGCCAAUCCGUAUUUCAUCCUGCAGAGAAGGAAGGGACACGGGCGCGGAGGAGGCAUCACGGGUUUGCUGGUGGGUACGUUGGACGUCGUGUUGGACUCGAGUGCUCGUGUGGCGCCGUACAGGAUCCUGCACCAGACGGGGGAGUCUCAGAUCUUCUGGAACAUCGCUUGUGGCUCGUCUCGUAAGGAGAUCACUGAACACUGGGAGUGGCUCGAGACAAACCUACUCCAGACUCUGUCCAUCUUUGACAACGACGAUGACAUCACCACCUUCGUCAAGGGCAAAAUACAGGGCAUCAUCGCUGAAGAGAAUAAAAGCGGCAAACCUCAGGAAGACGAGGAUCCUGGGAAGUUCCGGGAAGCCGAGCUGAAGAUGCGGAAGUUGUUCGGCAUGCCGGAGGAAGAGAAGCUGGUGAACUAUUACCCCUGCAGUUACUGGAAGGGCAGAGUCCCACGACAGGGCUGGAUCUACCUCUCCGUCAACCACCUCUGCUUCUACUCAUUCCUGCUGGGAAAAGAGGUGUCGCUGGUGGUGCAGUGGACGGACGUCACGCAGUUGGACAAGAACGCCACGCUGGUUUUCCCGGAGAGCAUCCGCGUGAGCACUCGCGGCACCGAACACUUCUUCUCCAUGUUCCUGAACAUCAACGAGACCUUCAAACUGAUGGAGCAGCUGGCCACCAUCGCCAUGAGACAGUUACUGGACAACGAGAGCUUCUCCGCCGAUCGCUUCCUCCCCAAACCCUGCAAGACCCUGAAAAACGUCUCCGCACUAAAGAGGGACUUGGAUGCGCGUGCAAAGAACGAGCGAUACAGGGCUCUUUUCCGGCUCACGCAGGACGAGCGUUUGGAUGGACACACCGACUGUACGCUCUGGACGCCGUUCACGAAGAUGCAUGUCGUCGGUCAAAUGUUUGUUUCUAACAACUACAUCUGCUUUGCCAGUAGAGAGGAAGAUCUGUGUCAACUUAUCAUUCCACUGAGAGAGGUGACCAUAGUGGAGAAGGCCGACAGCAGCAGUGUUCUGCCGAGUCCACUGUCGAUCAGCACUAAAAACAAGAUGACCUUCCUGUUUGCUAACCUCAAAGACCGUGACUUCCUGGUUCAGCGAAUCUCUGACUUCCUGCAGCGCACGCCUGACAGGCCGUGUGGCCUAAAUGCUCAAUCCGAGAACCCCAGCCCGAGUACGCCCCCGUCUCCUGAGCUGGGGCUCGGAGAGAUGCCCCAAAACCAGCACUACAGUCCCAGUCUGCCCACUGCCAAGCAAGGCCUUCUGCGCAUCUACCAGCAGGACGUCCCGGAGGAGCUGGGGCCCAAAGUGACGAGAGAGAAGAUGAAAGAGGAAUCGUGGAAUAUCCACUUCUUCGAGUACGGCCGUGGAGUGUGUAUGUACCGCACGUCGAAGACGAGAGAGCUGGUCCUGAACGGCAUCCCUGAGAGUCUGAGAGGAGAGCUGUGGCUGCUGUUCUCAGGUGCUCAGAACGAGAUGAACACACACCCGGGUUACUACGGCGGUUUGAUCGAGCAGGCGAUGGGUAAAUGCACUCUAGCGACGGAGGAGAUCGAGAGAGACCUGCACCGCUCCAUGCCUGAGCAUCACGCCUUCCAGAACGAGAUGGGCAUCGCCGCGCUGAGACGAGUGCUGACGGCCUAUGCUUACAGGAACCCCGGCAUCGGAUACUGCCAGGCGAUGAACAUUGUUACGUCGGUGUUGUUGUUGUACUGCACUGAAGAGCAGGCGUUCUGGCUGCUCGUGGCUCUGUGUGAACGGAUGCUGCCCGACUAUUACAACACUAGAGUUGUCGGAGCGCUGGUGGACCAGGGAGUGUUUGAGGAGCUCACUCGCGAGUGUUUGCCGCUGCUGUACGAGCGCAUGCAGGAGUUGGGCGUCAUCUCCACCAUCUCUCUGUCCUGGUUCCUCACACUCUUCCUGUCCGUCAUGCCUUUCGACAGUGCCGUGCUGCUGGUCGACUGCUUCUUCUACGAGGGCAUUAAAGUCAUUUUCCAGGUGUCAUUAGCUGUGCUACAUGCAAACAUGGAUCAGCUGCUGUCCUGUUCAGAUGAAGGAGAGGCCAUGACCAUUCUGGGCAGAUAUUUGGAUAAUGUUGUGAAUAAGCAGACUGUUUCUCCGCCCAUUCCUCACCUUCAUGCUCUGUUGACCAGUGGCAACAACCCUCCACCUGAGAUUGACGCCUUUGAGCUCAUCAAAGCGUCCUAUGAGAAGUUUGGUAGCCUGCGUGCCGACGUCAUCGAGCAGAUGAGGUUCAAACAAAGGUUAAAGGUCAUACAGUCACUAGAAGACACGGCCAAGAGGAGUGUGGUGAGAGCUAUCAUGACAGACUCCGCUUUCACUAUUGAGGAGUUGGAAGAACUCUACGUUCUGUUUAAGGCGAAGCACAUCAUGAGCUGUUACUGGGGUUCGAGCAGCACAGCAGCGGAGCGUCACGACCCCAGUCUGCCGUAUCUGGAGCAGUAUCGCAUCGACUGCGGGCAGUUCGUUCAGCUCUUCUCCGCUCUGGCACCCUGGAGCUGUGGCCUUCACACACACACACUCUCCAGCCGACUCUUCCGCCUGCUCGACCAAAACAAGGACUCUCUCAUCAACUUUAAAGAGUUUGUCACCGGACUCAGUGGAAUGUAUCAUGGAGAUAUGACGGAAAAACUCAAACUUCUCUACAAGCUCCACCUGCCUCCUGCGUUGUGUCCAGAGGAAGCAGAGUCGGCGCUGGAGGCCACACAGUUCUUCACUGACGACGACACACCACAAGAUCCUCUCUUCCUGUCUCAUCUGGACUUCCUGGCACAGGAAGUGACCUCAGGAGAAGAGCUGAAAGAGGCAGGAGACCCGUCAACGGCCGGCGACACCGAUGACAGGAAAGAGGAGAAGCCAAAGGACUAUAAGUACUAUCUGAGAAUGUGGGCCAAAGAAAACGAGCCAAAGAAAGAGAGUAUCAAAGAUCUGCCGCGGAUGAAUCAGGAGCAGUUCAUUGAGAUGUGUAAGACUCUCUACAACAUGUUCAGCGAAGAUCCCAUGGAGCAGGAGCUUUAUCACGGCAUCGCCACAGUGGCGAGUCUCCUGCUGCGCAUCGGAGAAGUGGGCAAGAAGUUCAGCAACAACGGGGGAAAGAAAGCCGAGGCCUCCGCCGUCGACGCUCUUCAGCCCGACAGAGAGGACUCGUCUGGGGAGGGAGGAUCAGGACAGUCCCUGGUCUCAAAGGCCCUGGCGGAGGCCCAGCUAGAGACGCCUCCUCCCACAGCGUCCGGCUCGGACGAAGAGGCCAAAGACGACACGUCCGUUUCUUCGUACUCCGUGGUGAGCGCUGGCUCGCUGCAGUGCGAGGACAUCGCCGACGACACGGUUCUGAUCGGCUGCGUGGGCGGAGACGGGGGGGAUCGGAGGCGGGGCAGCGCGCCGGAUGCCGAUUGGUCGAUCACAUUCGAGCAGGUUCUAGCGUCGUUCCUCACGGAGACAUCGCUGGUUGACUACUUCGAGAAGAAACACGACAUCCAGAGCAAAAUAAAGGCGUGCAAGUCGCUGAGAGCGGUUGAAAGACAGAUCAGUACGUCGAGCGAUCUCGAUUUCUCUCUGACCACGCAAUGAUUACACUCUUGCAUGAACAC